AGCAUUAUUAUUUUUUAGCCUUUUCCUUAAAAAAAAAUGGCAAAUAUUCAGGAAGAUGAUAAUUUCGUAAUUCAUGGACUGAAGUCGGAAAUACCUCUGGUUAAGUUACCCGUUGGAAAGCUCAUUCAAAAUGAACUUUUAAAUGUUCCCGCGGAAGCAGUAGCUUUGAUAGACGGAUUUACUCAAAAACAGAUCCUGUACAGGGAACUCUUACAAAAAUCAGUAGACCUGGCUGAAGCACUCAGACGACACGGUUAUGAAGGGCAACACAACGUCUUUUCAAUAUCCAGCGAGAAUUGUCUGGAAUUUUUUAUUCCAGUUUUUGCCAGUUAUUUUAAUGGCACCAUUAUGGCUCCACUAAAUCAUUUGUAUACAGAGUAUGAGCUAGAAUACGUCUUAAAAAUUAGUUAUCCCAAAGUAAUAUUUUGUUCCGAAGACACUCUUGAUAAUUUUAUUAUAUUGAAAAAGAAGUUGGGAUUUAUUGAAAGAAUCAUUUUACUGAGUAGAUCAGAUGAAACUCCAGCUUCCAAUGAGUACGAAACUAUUGAUGAAUUUUCCAAAAAUACCUUGCAAGGAGUUAAUGUAGAUCCAAGAACAUUUAGUCCCACGUUAGGUGAUGUCAACAAGAUGGUGGCUUUGAUAAUGUGCUCCUCUGGCACUACUGGUCUUCCUAAGGGUGUAGCUAUAUCGCAUUUGGCACUUUGUCUUAGAUUAACUCAUAGUAGGGACCCACGGUACCAAAACACCAAUAGCAAGUUCCUUCUCGGAAUAAUGCCUUUCUUCCACGGUUAUGGUAUGCAUGUCACCUUUAGUAGCCUGCUAAAUGGACACACCGUUAUCUGCAUGAGGCAAUUUGAUGGCGAAGUUUACCUUAGGUCAAUCCAAGAUUAUAAGAUUGACUCCAUAGGAAUUGCUCCACCUUUGGCUCUAUUCUUUAUCAACUCACCUCUUGUAGACCAAUAUGAUUUAAGUAGUCUUAAAGAUGUAUUUUGUGGAGCGGCUCCAUUGGGUCGAGACGUUGAGGAGCAAUUGAAAAAAAAACUAAAUAUUAAAUCGAUGCGUCAAGGCUAUGGCCUUACAGAAAUGACCCUAGCCGUUACAGUCGUAACUUAUGGUGAUUCAAGACCAGGUUCGUCUGGUAAAGUGAUAUCUUUUUUAUCUGGCAAAGUUAGAGAUCCAGAAACCGGAAGAUCGUUGGGACCAAAUCAGGUUGGAGAGCUCUGCUGGAAGGGGCCUUAUCAAAUGCUUUACUAUUAUAAUAACCCAGAAGCUACAAAAGAAACUUUUACAUCAGAUGGUUGGCUUAAAAGUGGCGACUUAGGAUACUAUGAUCAGCAAGGAUAUUUUUACAUUAUAGAUCGUUUAAAAGAGCUUAUUAAAUACAAAGGAUACCAAGUUGCUCCAGCUGAACUAGAAGCUCUCCUACUAAAUCAUCCAAAAAUCAGUGAUGCAGGUGUUGUGGGUCUUCCUGAUGAGCUUGUUGGUGAAAGACCCGUGGCGUUUGUGGUAAAGAGAGAUGCAGACUUAACAGAGGACGAUGUCAAGAAAUAUGUUUCUGAUAACCUCUCACCUCAGAAGCGGCUAAGCGGAGGGGUGAUUUUUGUGGAUUUCAUUCCGAAAAGUCAAGCUGGGAUCAAGAUCUUAAGAAGAGAACUCAGGAAUAUGUUGAAAGAGUACAAGAGCUCCAACUUUGAAUCCAAAUUAUAAUAUUUUUUCUUCAAGGUAUAGAAAAAAGUUACUAACCAUACGUUCUGUAUAGUUAAUUUUAUAUAGACCUUAAAUUUAAAGUUUCAUUUAAGCUUGAAUUCUUGUUAUAAUGUAUGUACAUAUAUCGGGUGGUGCGUCGCAGAGCGGAACAUAGGAAAACCCAGGUAAAUUUUAAGGGGGUCAAUUAUUGACUUCCCUGUACAUUUUAUAGAAAAAAUGUAAUAUAACUUUUUGAAGAGACCAAUUUGGCAAACCCUUGUGCAAAGUUUCAAAAAAUUUUAAUAAGCGAUUCUUGAAUUAUUCAAUUAAAUGUAAUUAUUAGCAAAUUUUCGGUUCAGGUAAAACCAAACGGGCACCAGUAAAAUGAAUAUUGUCACUGACGUGAGGAAAAGUGUCAAUAAAUCAGUGAUAGUCGGUAUUUGAAAACAAGUAUGAAUUAUUCAAUCGACGAACAAAUAGCCAUAAUUAAGUGGUAUUAUGCGGGAAACAGUUUUAGAGCAGUAUCUGAAAUGUUUUCAGUUUAUUUACCCACCAAGCCCAUUCCGUCCAUUUUAACUAUUAAAAAAAAUAUUUCGUAUUCGGCUGUAUGUCAGAUUUGACAAAGCCUUAUAACAAAUUGUUUGCUGAUGGCUGGUGUCUGGUUUUACCUAAACCGAAAAUUUGGUAAUUUUGCAAUUACAUUUAAUUGAAUAAUUCAAGAUUCGCUUAUUAAAAUUUUUUGAAACUUUGCACGAGGGUUUGCCAGAUUGGUCUCUUCAACAAGUUAUCUUACAUUUUUUCUGUAACAUGUACAGGGAAGCCAAUAAUUGACCUCCUUAAAAUUUACUUGGGAUUUCCUAUGUUCCGCUCGGCGACGCACCACCCGGUAUGUUUUCAUUUAAUAUCAGAUUAACAAAAUUUUUUUUAAAUUCUAUUUUAUAUUGGUUUCCGUACUUGCGGAUACAGUUUUAUCUUGGAAUAAAAAUAUUUACAUAA